AUGGACGACAGGGACUCGAGCUACGCGGAGGCGCCGGCCACGCCGCGGGCCAAGCUGCCGGAGGCGUCGAAGCCGUUCAGCCUGCAGCCCAAUCCGCUGGCCAAGGCAUCACUGCCGUCCAUCAUCAUGGCCCAGUGGAUCCAGCCCAUGGUGUCGCUCGGAGCUCGCCGCGUGCUGGAGAAGGAGGACGUGUGGCCAAUUUGCACGAGCGACGCGUGUGCGUCGCUGGAGCAGCGCUUCCGUCAAGUGUACGACCCGAGUCGGCGACACCUGUUUAAUGUGUCGCCGCUGGCCGCGGCGUAUGCCCGAACAUUCCAAGUGGAGCUCGCGUUCGUGCUCAUGAGCUGCGUACUGUACGUGGUCGCGCUGGCCUUGCAGUCGUACGUGGCCCAGGCCAUCCUGCAGUUCCUGAACGAUGAGGAGAAUCUGUUCCACAUCUCGAGCGGCUACUGGUUGAUGGCCAUGAUGACUCUCAGCUCGCUCGUGGCCGUGUGUGCUCUCAACUACGUCUUCUUCUCGGCCUCGCGCAUCGGGGCCAACAUGCGCUCGCUCACCAUGUCGCUGAUCUUUGACAAGGCGCUGAAGCUCUCGAGCGCUGCACGGCAGGACUACACGACGGGCGAAGUGCUGACGCUCAUGAGCGUGGACACGGAGCGCGUGUUCCUGCUGAUGAUCCAGGGCCCGUGGCUGUUCAUGGGCCCGCUGUCGUUCAUCAUCUCGGCCGUCCUCAUUGGCAUCCUCUUCGACUUCUACUCGGCCCUUGGCGCAGCGGUCGUGCUCGUGGUGGUGAUGCUCAUCUCGGCCCGACAGGGCCGUCGCAUUGCUGGCUUCCAGAAGAAGCUGCUCAAGGUCAUCGAUGAGCGCGUGAAGGUGACGUCCGAAGCGCUACAAGGCAUUCGCGUCAUGAAGUUUUACGCGUGGGAAGACUCCCUGGCACAGCGCGUCGAGAAGCUCCGCGUGAAGGAGGUGGGCCUGCUCCGCAAGUUUCACAUGUACCAGGUGAUCAACACGGUGAUGCUGUUCCUCACUCCGAGCUUCGUCUCCGGCGUGACAUUGGGCAUCUACGUGCUCAUUCACCACACCAUCAGUGUUGUUGAGGCCUUCACACUCGUGGCCAUGGUCAAUAUCUGUAGAACGGCGCUGAAUCAGCUCCCCCAGGCAGUCGCUGGUAUUUCCAAGGCCAAGAUCUCGUAUGCACGCUUGGACGCCUUCCUCACUAGCGACGAAGUUGCAGCUCGGCCACUUCUUCUGGCCGAGGAAGGGACGACCACGCCUACGAACAAAUCUCCUCUGCUUGCCGACAAUAUUAUGGUUUCUGGGGCCUCGAUCGGCCGCGGGUAUAUCUCAAUUCGUGAUGCGAGCUUCGAGUGGCCCACGACUUCACAAGCUGAAGUCGUUGUUGUAACGCCAGCUACCGAGGCACAUGAAGGCGAAAGCCAGGGCCCAGAAAUGCCAACUGUGACCGCUGACAGUCCAGGCUUCAAGCUCGAAGGGGUCAACCUAGAGGUUGAGCGUGGUUCACUAGUGAUGAUCGUCGGUAAGGUUGGUUCCGGAAAGUCUAGCCUCCUGAACGCGCUUCUCGGCGAGAUGUCGCGCACGUCCGGCGUGCUUGAGAUUGGCGGACGAGUCUCUUAUGUAAGCCAAGACACGUGGAUCCGCAACGCCACUCUGCGUGAUAACAUUCUGUUCGAGGAGGCGUACGACGCGGAGCGGUACGCGCAGGUGCUGGACGCUUCCCAACUAGCGAUGGACCUGAAGUCCCUACCGAACGGAGACUCGACGGAGAUCGGUGAGCGUGGCAUUAAUUUGAGUGGCGGCCAGAAGGCUCGAGUGGCGAUUGCUCGUGCGAUGUAUCGUUCCAGUACGGAUGUGUUGAUUCUGGACGAUCCGUUGAGCGCUGUUGACCCGCAUGUAGCUCGAUCGAUCUUCGACAAGUGCAUCGUUGGCUUGGCCGCCGGCCAGACUCGAUUGUUGGUGGUUAAUAGCCAUUACCAUCUACUCGCUUAUGCUGACAAGGUCAUCGUUAUGAGCGACGGUGCGAUUGUCGGCCAUGACUCGUACGGAAAGGUUUUGGCACAGUUCCCGCAUCUUGCGAUGGAAAAGAAGAAGGACGCAGCCUCUAACGCUUCGGCCGGACGCUUGAUUCGCGCUGAGGACCGAGUGAAGGGUACUGUUGGAUCGCACGUUUACAAGGCAUACUUUGACGAGACUGGCGUGAAUGGCUGGGUGGUGGUGCUAGUGAUCAGUAUCUUGUACGGCGUCGGUCAAGGCGCACGAACAGUGGUUGACUGGUGGCCCGGCCAUUGGGCUCGUAACAUGCAUCGACGCGGAGUGGACCCAGCGUAUUCCGGAACGACUUUCGGAAUGUGGUACCUCGGCCUCAUCGUGCUCUGCUCGAUCCUCACAUUGAUUCGUGGAGUCACGAUGAUUGAGAGCUGUAUGCGGUCAUCUCAGCACAUGCACGAUGAACUGUUCCGACGCGUGCUGCGCGCUCCAGUGACGCGCUACUUCGACGUGACUCCGAUCGGACAGAUCCUGAAUCGGUUCUCGAACGACUUGGAUCAAAUGGACACGACACUGCCUCUGGAGUAUCAGCUCUUCUUCCAGAAUGUGUCGAUGGCUCUCGGCUCGCUGGUGGUCUCCGCUUUUGCGUCUUACUGGAUCGGAGUGUCGUACAUCCCCCUCAUGGUACUCUUCGUUAUGACGGGCCAGUACUUCAAGAAGACUUCGCGCGAGCUCAAGCGACUCGAAGGCAUCACGCGAACUCCCGUGUACAACUUGUUCAGCGAAACUCUGUCGGGACUGCCCACCAUCCGAGCCUUCCGUAUGGAGGAGCAGUUCUCCGCGCGCAACCGCCAAGUCGUGGAUACGAACGCAAACAUGUACCUCACGUACUGGUCUGCUAGCCGGUGGCUCGCGACGCGGUUGGAUCUCAUGUCUGUGGUGAUCAUCUUUGUUGUCACGCUUUAUCUCGUGUCCACGCGUGGCGAAAUCGGCUCGAUGACGUCGGGCCUCUCGCUCACGUACGCGCUGAUGCUGACCUCGGUGAUUCAGUGGGUCAUGCGCUCCGUGGACCGUGUCGAUAAUGCCACGACUAGUGUUGAGCGUCUGCUGUUCUUCCGCGAGAUCGAGCGCGAGGAAGAUGGCGGUAAGCGAGUCGCUGAACUUGUCAACUCGAAUAGUUCAGAGACCCAUUCGUGGCCAUCGCAAGGAGCAGUUCGAUUUGAAGGCCUGUGCCUCCGAUACCGACCGGAACUCCCGCUCGUGCUCAAGGGCGUCGACAUGGACGUCGCCGCCGGAGAGAAAGUCGGCAUCUGCGGACGCACGGGCGCCGGCAAGUCCUCGCUCAUGGUCGCGCUCUUCCGCAUCUGCGACUUCGACAGCGGUCGCGUGCUCAUCGACGACGUGGACAUCUCGAGCGUGAACCUGCGCGAGCUGCGCCGCAGCCUGGCCAUCAUCCCGCAGGACCCCGUGCUGUUCAGCGGCCCGCUGCGAGAGAACCUGGACCCGUUCCACGAGUACGCGGACGAGCGCAUCUGGCGCGUGCUGCAGCAGGUGCACAUGGCCGAGAGUCUGCGUCGCUGGGGCGCGGGCCUCGACUUCGAGGUGGCCGAGGGCGGAGACAACCUGUCGGUGGGCCAGCGUCAGCUGAUCUGCAUCGGCCGCGCGCUGCUCAAGGACAGCAAGGUCGUUGUGCUGGACGAGGCCACGGCCAACGUCGACACGGCCACGGACGCGCUCAUCCAGACGACCAUCCAGGACACGUUCCAGGCCAAGACGGUGCUCAUCAUCGCGCACCGUAUCCACACCAUCAUGCACUGCGACAAGAUCGCGGUGAUGGAUGCGGGCCGCGUGGCCGAGUUCGGCUCUCCAUCGGAGUUGCUGGCGAGGCCGCAGUCGGUGUUCGCGAGCCUUGCAAAGAAGUCAACGUCGGAGUGA